AUGGGGGACGAAAUAACCUUCUUCGAUAACCCUCUACGCAUGGUCACUGUAUGCUUUUUCAAUGGAGUUUUUUUGGGGCUCCCCUUAUCCUUCCUCUUGCGACUUCUUUGUGACGAGCCUUCGACAUUAAUCGUCCUUUCUACCCCCUUCGAUAUCACCAUUUUACGUCGCCAACAGAAGCUCCAGUUGCGUGAAUAUAUUCUCUCGAUCUUUAAGAUAAUCUGCAAACGUGUUAUCGAUCCACUCUCCUUCUUCGUCUCCACUUCUGAACUGAACUCAACUGAUAAUAGGUUAAGACUCCUUUGUGUAAGGAUCUAUGAAUAUCUCAUUAGGUCAUAUAGUUUGUCCCCAAACCCCUUGAGGGCCUCUUUCUUGCCUGGGGAUCCCAAAAGAUCUUGCCAGAAACAUCUUCAAGUGCUCAUAGGUUCUAAUGCAUAUUUUUCUGUGAUUGAAACAGUUCCAUCCAAUUGGCAGAUGCAUGGAUUUGAUAUUCCUAUUUAUACAAACGUCAUAUAUCCAUUUCCGUUGGAUCCUCCCAGAGUUCCUGAAGACAAUCCCUCUGGUUGCUACAGAACUUACUUUUACAUUCCUAAAGAGUGGGAAGGUCGCAGGAUAUUUUUACAUUUUGAAGCAGUUGAUUCUGCCUUCUUUGCAUGGGUAAAUGGACGCCUCAUUGGAUAUAGUCAGGAUAGCAGACUACCAGCUGAAUUUGAGAUCACAGACGUUUGUUAUCCCAGUGGAUCUGACCAGAGGAAUUCUCUUGCCGUUCAAGUAUUGCGAUGGAGUGAUGGUUCUUAUCUUGAAGAUCAGGACCACUGGUGGUUGUCGGGCAUUCAUCGUGAUGUCCUCCUUUUUGCUAAGCCUAAGGUUUUUAUUGAAGAUUAUUUCUUCAGAUCCAACUUAGCUGAAGAUUUUUCUCAUGCAGAUAUACAGGUUGAGGUGAAAAUCGACAAGUCAGCAGUUAGUAUUCACAACGCAACAUCUGAAGAUAAGUUUACGGCGAACUUCACCAUUGACGCUGAAAUUUUUGACACCGGGAGUUGUUAUGCGGGCAAUGGACACGUCGAUCUUUUAUCUACGAAUGUGGCCCAUCUACAGAUGACUCAAUCUGUCGAUUAUAUUCUUGGAUUCAUAGGGUAUCAUCUUUCAGGGAAAGUGCAGAUGCCCAAGCUUUGGUCUGCUGAACAACCAAAUCUCUAUACUCUUGUUAUCACACUGAAAGAUGCAUCGGGGCUUAUAAUUGAUUGUGAGUCAUGCCAAGUUGGCUUUCGACAAAUAUCCAAAGCACCAAAACAGUUGCUUGUCAAUGGACAACCAGUUAUGAUAAGAGGGGUGAACAGGCAUGAACACCAUCCACGCCUUGGGAAGACAAACUUGGAGUCCUGUAUGGUUCGGGAUUUGGUUUUAAUGAAGCAACACAAUAUAAAUGCUGUUAGAAACAGCCAUUACCCUCAACAUCAACGAUGGUACGAGUUAUGCGAUCUGUUUGGCAUGUACAUGAUUGAUGAAGCCAAUAUUGAGACACAUGGUUUUCAUCUUUCCCGUAAUAUAAAGCACCCUACACUUGAGCCAAAUUGGGCUUCUUCAAUGCUAGAUAGAGUCGUAGGAAUGGUUGAGAGGGAUAAAAAUCAUGCAUGCAUCAUUGCCUGGUCAUUAGGAAAUGAGGCAAGCUAUGGACCUAAUCAUGCUGCACUUUCUGGUUGGAUACGAGGAAAAGACUCAUCAAGGUUUUUACACUAUGAAGGUGGGGGUUCUAGGACAUCUUCAACUGAUAUCGUGUGCCCUAUGUACAUGCGUGUUUGGGAUAUAGUUAAGAUAGCUGAAGAUCCUGCAGAAAUACGGCCAUUGAUACUGUGCGAGUAUUCACAUGCAAUGGGAAACAGCAAUGGAAAUAUCCACGAAUACUGGGAAGCAAUUGAUAGCACAUUUGGUCUCCAAGGAGGAUUUAUCUGGGAUUGGGUUGAUCAGGUAUGAAUCUUGUAAAGA